AUGGAGAAGAAGAUAUCACAUGCCAACAACAACUUGAUAAACAAAACAAACUUCUUUUUCUUCAUGCUGUCACUCCUCUUCACCACCACCACCACCACUAAUGCCACUACCAUUGCAUGUUUAGAUGCAACCAAGUGCCCCAUGUUGCCCAAAACUCAUGCAGAAGAUCAUCAGGGGAGAGUUGGACAUGGCAUGGUGUUUGAAGGCAAAGCAGAGGUUUCCUCGGAUUGGUCAAGGAGGUUUCUGGUUGGACCUGGGUCAUCACCACCCCUCUGCACCUCCAAGUGUGGCAGCUGUACACCCUGCAGACCGGUGCAUGUGACGGUGCCGCCGGGCACUCCGGUGACUGCGGAGUACUACCCGGAAGCGUGGAGGUGCAAGUGUGGUAACAAGUUGAACAUGCCUUGA